CUGGUGAGGUUAGAUGUCAGGAUGCUGUGAGAAAAUUGUGUAACAGCUUUUAAAUUUGUAAUGAAACGAUGUUGAAAACUACCAAAUUCCCAUAGGAAAUAGCGGCGACAAGAAAAGAUGAUUAGAAAAUUCCUGAACACUGUGAUCGAGAGCACGCUGCAGGUGCAGCCACAGUCUCUGGUGUAUCCGAGUCCAUUCACCAAAGCUGACACGAAACCGCUGGCAUGGCUGAUGAAUGUUGCACCCUGUUUCCCGGUGAACUCCAACGAUAUACAGAUCCUGAGUGAACCUCAAGAGUUUUAUGAGACGCUGUGCAGGCAUGGGAAUGAGGCCAAGGAACGCAUCACUCUGGCCAGUCUGUAUCUGGGCAACGGUGAGCUGGAGAGGAAGUUAGUGGAAAGUAUUUUAUCGAACAGCAAUUUUCGUGAUCUGAACAUCAACGUGCUGCUGGACUAUUCGCGCGGCAGCAGAUCGAAGAACAAUUCGAGGCGAAUGCUGCAGCCGCUGCUGCAGCACAGCAAUUUUAAAUUGUCUCUGUAUCAUACGCCCGAGCUGAGGGGAUUCUAUAAGAGGAUCGCGCCGAACAGAUGGAACGAGCUGUUCGGUAUACAGCACAUGAAGCUGUACAUAUUCGAUGAUACGUUGAUCAUGAGCGGCGCGAAUCUGAGCCAAGACUACUUCACGAAUCGCCAGGACAGGUAUUUUGUGAUUAAGAAUAAGUAUUUGUGUGAUUUCUAUUGUGGUCUAGUGGAGAAAGUGCAAGGCUUCAGUUUGGUAGUUGAUAAAGGAGAUGGGGUGAGGAUGAGCGAGGGUUGGCAGCUGCCCUUCGAAUGCCCCAAGGAGGAGUUCGUGCAGAGGGCCGGGGAUUCGGUGGAGAGUUACAUCUACGACAGCAAGGACGAGCAGAACAGUCACAAGCAGGACGGAUACGACACUUGGGUGUUUCCUCUGGUGCAGAUGGGGCAACUGGGGAUCGAGCAGGACGCGAACGCGACGGAUCGGAUAUUCGCCGAGGCACCUGCAGACAGCAAAAUGAACAUCGCCACUGCCUACUUCAAUCUCACGCACGACUACAUGAAGACGCUGAUCGGGGAAUCUCGAGCGCAAUGCAAUCUGCUGAUGGCGCAUCCGAAGGCUAACGGAUUCUUGGGUGCGAAGGGGAUGGCCGGUGGCAUCCCCGACGGAUACACGGUGUUCGCCCGGCGUUUCCAGCGGAAGCUCGAGGCGAUGGGACAGGGAGAUCGGAUUUCGCUGAAAGAGUACGUGCGAGAUGGAUGGACGUACCAUGCGAAGGGUUUAUGGUACUACGGCCCCAGCGCCGAUCUGCCUUGCCUCACUCUCGUCGGAUCGCCCAACUUUGGUGGCAGAUCAGUGCUGAAGGAUCUCGAAACGCAGGUGGCUUUGGUCACGGAGAAUCCCGAUCUUCGAACGAAGUUGCACGGGGAAUGCAAGAGGCUGUACGAUCUCGGUCUGCCGGGUGAUUUCAAACGGGACACGCCCAAAUGGGUGUACGCCAUGGUCUUUCUCUUCAGGGACUUUUUUUGAGUGAUUCACGAAAUCGUCGAUGAUAAUAGUAUUACGGGUAUUAUUUAAGUUCAAAUUGUUAAUUGUUGUAUUUAUUUGAGGCAUCCUUGUAAAUUGUAGAAGUUGUUGUUUUCUUUUUUUGUAUUACUGUUAGGACCACACCAAAUUCUAUUUAAGUUCUUAUUGCACAUGCACUGAAUGAACACGAACCAAAUAUGUAUAUUUAGAGUAAGCACAGACAAUGGAAAGCUUGAAAAUUUAUUAAAGAAAAUUUGUUCCUUU